GUCAAACUUAAAUCAUUGUCAAAAUGUGAAGAAUUGUUUGGAUUAGAAACGGAAAUAACAAUAUGAAAUGAACUAAUGAAAUGAAAUGGCAGAAGAUAAAUUAUUUGUGUCUUUUGCAUGCCAAAGAUGUUCUCAAUCAUUAAGAUUAGAUGAAUCACUGAACUCUUUUAGUGAACAUACCUCAGCAGAAUUAAAUUUGCCCAUAUAUUCCAACCCUGAAGUUGAUUUGGAAUCCCAGGCUACCAGUUUUGAUCAUUAUGUACCUCCAUGUAGGUUAUCAGACUCUGGUAAUGGAGCCAAUGGCUUUAUGCUAAUAUCUGAUGAAAAUGAGGUAGAUUUGCUCAGUCACCAAUUCAAGGUACAGGCAGCUCUGUUUGAUACACUUUCUGGAAAUUCCAAUAUUGAUCAUCCUCUGUGCGAUGAGUGUACUGAUAACCUCAUCGAAAUUUUGGAUCAACAACUUCAAAUUGCACAAGAGGAUUAUGACGAUUACAGUAGAUAUUAUAAAAUGUUGCAAAGUGAUAAAGACGAACCAAAACUAUCUGAUUUAGAAAAAGAAUUAAGUGAUUUAAAAGCCGAAGAAGUGAGAUUAUUGGACGAGUUGAGCGCCCUAGAACACGAGGAGGAAGAAACCAAAAAAGCUAUUCAAGAACAAGAAGCCAUUGCACAGAAAAUAACUCUAGAAGAGGAUAGGUAUUGGAAAGAGUAUACUAGACAUAGAAGAGAUUUUUUGGUUUUAGAAGAAGAAGCUAAAAGUCUAGAGUGUCAACUCAACUACACAUCAAAUCAAUUAGACAAACUACAGAGAACCAAUGUUUUUAAUGCAACAUUUCACAUAUGGCAUAACGGCCAUUUUGGGACAAUUAAUAACUUCAGAUUAGGACGAUUACCAUCCGCUCCUGUCGAUUGGUCAGAAAUUAACGCGGCCUGGGGUCAAACGGCGUUGUUGCUUUCAUCUUUAGCCCGAAAAAUAAAUCUGACUUUUGAAAGGUUUCGAUUAGUCCCAUUUGGAAACCAUUCACAUAUUGUGUCUCUAGAUGAUGAUAAGGAAUUUCCAUUGUACGGAUCUGGCGGGUUUAAGUUUUUAUGGGAUACGAAAUUUGACAGUGGAAUGGUAGCGUUUUUGGACUGUCUUCAACAAUUUCAGGAAAAGGUGGAAACCUUAGAGAAGGGAAGUAAAGCUUUCUGCUUUCCAUAUCGAACCAACAAGGGUAAAAUAGAAGAUAAAGAUGCCAGUUAUUCCAUAAAAAUUCAGUUAAAUUCGGAGGAACAGUGGACCAAAGCUUUGAAAUUUAUGCUGACUAAUCUAAAAUGGGGUCUGGCAUGGGUCUCUUCUCAGUUCAAAAGCGAUGGAGAAGAAAUUCAAUCUGACAAUUAGUAAUACAAUUUAGGAUUUACAAUUUUACUGAAUGUUAUCUGUCUAGUUACGAAUUUUAUGCAAUAUAUGAUUGAUUUAAGGAUAAGAUUAUUUAAGUAUAAUGUAUUUUUGUUAAAUAUGAUAUAACUGAUAGUCUCGUGUACAUAACUCAGCGUAUGUCUUUUAUGAUUGUUA